UCCACUAAGAAAACAUGCGAGAAUGCGCCCUGCCGGAAAGCAGCACGCCGCCACGGCAUUUCACGACGUCGGCGGCUAAACGCCCUCGGAACGCUGCGACUCCCUCCCGGUUGCCGGGCGAAAGCAGGCGCGAUGCUGGGUGCGGGGGACGAAGAGGACACCGACUUCCUUUCGCCUAGCGGCGGUGCCAGAUUGGCCUCUCUUUUUGGACUGGAUCAGACAGCUGCUGGCCAUGGAAAUGAAUUCUUCCAGUACACAGCCCCAAAACAGCCUAAGAAGGGCCAGGGAACAGCAACAACAGGAAAUCAGGCGACACCGAAAACAGCACCCACCUCAACAGGCACUUCCACAGUGUUGGUUGCAACAGCAGUCCAUGCAUAUAGAUACACAAAUGGUCAAUAUGUAAAGCAGGGCAAAUUUGGUGCUGCAGUCCUGGGAAAUCACACAGCCAGAGAGUAUAAGAUUCUUCUUUACAUCAGUCAACAGCAGCCAGUUACUGUUGCCAGGAUUCAUCUGAACUUUGAGCUAAUGGUUCGGCCCAAUAACUAUAGCACCUUUUAUGAUGACCAGAGGCAAAACUGGUCCAUCAUGUUUGAGUCAGAGAAGGCUGCUGUGGAGUUCAAUAAACAGGUGUGCAUUGCCAAGUGCAACAGCACCUCUUCCCUGGAGGCAGUGCUCUCACAGGACCUCAUUGUAACAGAGGGUCCUGCUGUGGAAGUUGGAGAUUCUUUGGAAGUGGCCUAUACCAGCUGGCUCUUUCAGAAUCAUGCCCUGGGCCAGGUUUUUGAUUCCACUGCUAACAAAGAUAAGCUGCCUCGCCUGAAAUUAGGGUCAGGAAAAGUCAUCAAGGGCUGGGAGGAUGGAAUGCUGGGCAUGAGAAAAGGAGGGAAGCGGUUGCUUAUCAUCCCUCCAGCCUGUGCUGCUGGCUCUGAAGGGGUGAUAGGAUGGACGCCAUCAACAGACUCAGUCCUGGUGUUUGAGGUGGAGAUCAGGCGGGUGAAGUUUGCCAGAGAUUCCGGCUCUGACGGGCACAGCGUGAGCUCCCGGGACUCUGCGGCCCCUUCUCCCGUACCUGGUGCUGAUGGCCCGCCUGCUGAUCCCGCCGUGUCAGUGCCCAUGUCGGUGCCUUUCAAGUCAGGGGAGCCGGCCCUUCGCGCCAAAUCCGACUCCCUCAGCGAGCAGCUCGCCGUCAACACAAAUCCCGAUAUAGUCAAGGCCAAGUUGAUCUCUCGGAUGGCUAAAAUGGGCCAGGCCAUGCUGCCCAUCCUCCCACCACAGCUGGAGUCCAGUGAUUCCGAAAUGGAGGAAGUGAACGCUCUGCGGGGAACUGGGCAGCCCGUGCCGAAUCCACCUAUCCAGCCCUCUCUUCAGCCUGCCCAGCCUCUGCUUCCACAGAUGACCACACACGCACCUCAGCCAUCUGUUACUGGGCUCCAAGCACCCUCUGCUGCCUUAAUGCAAGUUGCAUCUCUUGAUUCCCACUCAGCUGUAUCUGGAAAUUCCCACUCCUUUCAGCCCUAUGCAGGUAUGUCAGCCUAUGCUUACCCCCAGGCGCCGGGCGUCACCUCCCAGCUGCAGCCCGCGCGGCCCUUGUACCCAGCACCGCUCUCCCAGGCUCCCCAUUUUCAAGGAUCUGGUGACAUGGCUUCAUUUCUCAUGACUGAAGCCCGACAGCAUAACACUGAAAUUCGCAUGGCAGUCAGCAAAGUGGCUGAUAAAAUGGAUCAUCUCAUGACUAAGGUUGAAGAGUUACAGAAGCACAGUGCUGGCAAUUCCCUGCUCAUUCCUGGCGUCUCGGUUACAAUGGAAACGAAGAUGAUCAUGAGCAACAUCCAGCGAAUUAUUCAGGAGAAUGAAAGGUUGAAGCAAGAGCUCCUUGAGAAGAGCAGCCGGAUAGAAGAACAGAAUGACAAGAUCAGUGAACUGAUCAAAAGAAAUCAGAGGUAUGUUGAGCAGAGUAACCUGAUGAUGGAGAAGAGGAACAACUCACUUCAAACAGCCACAGAAAACACACAGGCAAGAGUAUUGCAUGCUGAGCAAGAGAAGGCCAAGGUGACAGAGGAGUUGGCAGCAGCCACCGCACAGGUCUCUCACCUGCAGCUGAAGAUGACCGCUCACCAAAAGAAAGAAACAGAGCUGCAGAUGCAGCUGACGGAGAGCGUGAAGGAGACAGACCUCCUCAGGGGCCAGCUCACCAAACUGCAGGCCGAACUCUCAGAGCUCCAAGAAACCUCUGAGCAAGCACAGUCCAAGUUCAAAAGUGAAAAGCAAAACCGGAGACAACUGGAACUCAAGGUGACAGCCCUGGAGGAAGAGCUGACUGACCUUCGGGCCGAGAAGGAGUCUCUGGAAAAGAACCUCUCAGAAAGGAAAAAGAAGUCCGCUCAAGAGCGCUGUCAGGCUGAGGAGGAGAUAGAGGAAAUUCGCAAGUCACACCAGGAGGAAUUGGACAAACUUCGGCAGCUUUUGAAAAAGGCGCGGGUGUCCACAGACCAAGCAGCCUCGGAGCAGCUGUCUCUAGUACAGGCUGAGCUGCAGACCCAGUGGGAAGCAAAAUGUGAACACCUGUUGGCCUCGGCCAAGGAUGAGCACCUGCAACAGUAUCAGGAGGUGUGUGCACAGAGAGAUGCCAGCCAGCAGAAGCUGCUCCAGCUGCAGGAGAAGUGUUCCGCCCUCCAGGCCCAGGUCACAGCCCUGACGGAGCAGAAUGAACAGCACAUCAAGGACCUGGAGAAAAACAAGUCCCAGAUGUCUGGGGUUGAAGUUGCUGCCACUGACUCAUCAGAGAAGGUCAAGAAGAUCAUGAACCAGGUGUUCCACUCCCUGCGGGGCGAGUUUGAGCUGGAGGAGUCUUACAGUGGCAGGGCCGUUCUGGGGACUGUCAUGAACACCAUCAAGUUGGUGACUCUUCAGCUGUUAAACCAACACCAGCAAGACAAGGGAGAGAGCAGCAAUGAAGAAGAGGACGAAGACGAAGAAGAACAACAAGAAGAGCAGCAACCUCGGAGACCUUCCCAGAAGCAGUCAGUCUCAGCCAGUCCUGAGCCAUCCCAAGUGCCCCUGAGCAGGGAGAGGCAGGAGUCCCCCAUGGUGCUGUUGGAGCAGGUCGUCAAGGAAGCUGAGCCAUUGCCUCCUGGGCCCCUCCACACCCCCCAGGAGGAUGCACAGGGAAGGGAAGGAGAGCCCACAGAAGCAGAGGCACUCUCAGAGAUGAGAGAUGAUUCCCUCCCUGCCGAACUGGCCUGCAUCCCCUCCCAACGAGCUCUGGGACCCCCGACUUCAAUCCCCCCUCUGCCUCCGAGCUGUGUAACGGUGGACUCUGAGUGUGAGGAGGCAUUUGCUGCCAGCCCGUUGGGAAAUGCCUGUGUUGAGGAGCAAGAAAGCUCCACAAAACUGUCCCUGACUUCAGACUCUAAGAAGGGGGACCCACUGCCCUUGGAGCCUGAAAGUUCAGGAGGAGAGCCUCAGCCUCCAGAGAGCCAGAAAGGGGAAGGUGCCGCUGGUUCCACUGGCCCCUCCGAGGCGCUGUCAAGCACAGAGGCAAGUUCUGCACCUGUAGGAGCAGCACUCGGACCCAGCCACUCUUCUCAGCGUUCCAGUCUUUCUGGAGAUGAAGAGGAUGAACUGUUUAAAGGGGCAACUCUGAAAGUUCCAAAGUUCAAAGCACAGUCUGAGGAGGAGGAGGAUGAAGACGAGGUGAGCAUGAAGGGACGCCCACCCCCAACACCCCUUUUCGAAGAUGACGAUGAUGAUGACAUUGACUGGCUGGGAUGAAGACCAGGAACCUGAUGCAAAGGUUUCUCUGCUGACCCUGCCCCGAGCACGUUUUGCACAGCCAGCCCAGGUCUGGGUGAGCCCCAGGGAGAGGCAAAGGUGCGCGUUCUGAGGACAGGAGCCCAGGUACCUGAGCUAGCCAGCUUCUGAGCCCCCCACCUGGCCAGGGGGAGAGGAGCGCGGGCCUGUCCUCAGAACGCCGGGGUUGGCAGCGGCUGACCCUGGUCCUGCCUCGGAGUCCCAUUUGGAGGAAGGGCUGGCAGUCUCCUCCCCGGUCAUCACCUACGAGAGAGUCCUGCCCUCUUCCGAGCCCUUUCAUCUCCUCCCCAACUCGGACUGCUGUGGGGAGGCCGCCUCCGUCUCCCAGCAUUGGGGCCUGUCACCUGGGGUGAGGCCUCCCUGGUAGAACCGAGAGUGGACUACAUUAUCCAAACCCCCAUUCAGUUAACAGCCUUGCCUGCAGUCCUGGCACAUUACCUUUUCUCUGCCUUAAGUCUUUGAGAUAAAAAAAAUUAAAAUAAAUAUCUAUAAUGAAA